GCUUGGUAUAUUAUUUCACACUGGUUAAGAUCUCCACAUGAUAUGAUUAACAAAAUGCUCAGCCAUUAAUCAAAUGACAAAUAACAUUGUGUAUUUAGUUAUUUAUGCGGCAAGUCAAACGAUGAAAAUUACAAAUGAUUCAAUGUUUGUACUCGGUCUACAUCUGCAGCAUUUCUUCAAUAUAUAGAUUCACAGAAGUUAUGGAGAGAGAGAGAGAGAGAGAGAGAGAGAGAGCUUCGUGUCAGAUUCUCGCCGCCACCGGAAAAUCCGAAAUCACCGACCCCUGUACUCCAAACGGCUGCUGGGCUGCCGUAGCUUUUAGUUCUUAGACCCAUUCAUAUUUCACUUCCAGUCUUCCACUGCUCCUUCCUCUUUACCAGUAAAACUUUUCGUUUUUCGAGAUUUUCCUGAGUCAAAAACCCAACCGGCUUCACGCGGUUUCAAACCCUCUUCUCGUCUUGAUGAGUUCGCGAAUACGCAACCCUGUUUUCGAUCUCCUUCUUUCCCUCUGUGUAAAAAUUUCUUGUUCUUCACGAAUUUCAGUGUUUGGUUUCUGCGAUACGUUCGAGCUGUAAGCCCUUUUGACUCUAUUCGAUUCAAUUUGUCCCGCGAUCGAGCUCAUUAAGAACUGGGUUAGUUUAGAUUAAUUCUAGCUUUUGGGUCUUUCCCAAUUGUGAUCGGAUCGGAGAUGGACGAGCUCUGCAGGCUCAGGCGAUCCAGGCCUCUGUUUACAACGUCGGCGGUGACGACGAUAAUGAUGAUGGUUAUGAGUUUGUUUUCUCAAAACAUGGGUUUAUGUUGGGCUCUUAACGAUGAAGGUUUAGCUCUGUUGACCUUUCGGAACAGAAUUGUGAGUGAUCCAUUUGGAGCUUUGUCGAAUUGGGAGGAUAAUUAUGGAGAGGUUAAUCCUUGUUCUUGGUUCGGUGUCGAGUGCUCUGAUGGGGAAGUGGUAGUUCUGAACUUGAAAGAUCUUUGUCUUGGAGGAUUGCUGGCACCUGAGCUUGGGAAACUGGCACGCAUAAAAUCUAUUAUUUUGCGCAACAACUCUUUUUCCGGGAUCAUUCCUGAAGAGAUUGGGCAGCUAAAGGAGCUGGAGGUGUUGGAUUUAGGAUAUAAUAACUUUAGUGGGCCACUUCCAUCUGACUUUGCUAAUAAUUUAUCUCUGUCACUCCUUCUUCUAGAUAACAAUGGGCUUCUUGGUAGCUUAUCUCCUGAAAUUGAUGAACUUAAGAGGCUUUCAGAAUUUCAAGUAGAUGAGAAUGAGCUCUCGAAUGCUGCCAAAAGAUUGUCUUGCAACCAAAGAUCUAUUGCAUGGGACAUUGCCCAAGCUGAAGACUCCGUUCAAAGGAGAUUGCUACAAGUGACAACUACCGCACCAAGGAAUGCAAAAAAUGAUGAAAGUGAAACACCUGUGUCACCCUCACCUUCACCAACACCAUCACCUUCAUUGCCACCGUCUUUUCUAUUGCCACCAUCAUCUCCAUCCCCUUCAUUGUCACCGUCUCCAUCUCCAUCUCCAUCUCCAUCUCCAUCUCCAUCUCCAUCCCUGUCCCCAUCCCCAUCAGUAAAAUCUCCAUCUCCAGCUACCACACCUUCACUUGUUAUUAGGCCCCAUUCGACUUCCCGUUCUCCAACUGUAGUUGCAUCAUCACCUUCUUUUUUCUCUAACCAGUCCUCCCCCCAUUCUAAGAAAAAUCAUGCUCUAAUAUUAGUUGGAGCUGUUGGAGGCUCUACAAUUAUUUUUGUUCUUGUCAUCGGCAUAAUUUUAUAUAGAAGCAGUAAGGUUGCUGCUGUCAAACCUUGGGCCACAGGAUUAAGUGGGCAGCUUCAGAAAGCAUUUGUAACAGGUGUACCAAAGCUCAAGAGAUCAGAGCUUGAAACAGCUUGUGAGGAUUUCAGUAAUGUAAUUGGUACUUCAUCAAUUGGUACAGCAUUUAAAGGCACACUGUCUAAUGGAGUUGAAAUAGCUGUAAUAUCUGCUGCAGUAAAAACUACUGACAACUGGACAAAGAAUUUUGAAGCACUGUUCAGGAAGAAGAUUGACACAUUAUCAAAAGUGAACCACAAGAAUUUUGUCAACCUUCUUGGGUAUUGUGAGGAAGAGGAGCCCUUCACUAGAAUGAUGGUUUUCGAAUACGCUCCAAAUGGGACUCUUUUUGAGCAUUUGCACAUAAGAGAAGCAGAGCACUUGGAUUGGGGAAUGCGGCUGAGAAUUGCUAUGGGCAUGGCAUACUGCCUUGAGCAUAUGCACCAACUAACACCACCGAUGCCCCACAAUUACCUCAACUCUUCUGUUGUUAAUCUUACUGAAGAUUAUGCAGCCAAAAUCUCAGAUUUCAGCUUCCAGAAUGACAUAGCUGCAGCCGAGCUGGAAUCCCCUGGCUUUGACCACCUGAACGCACACUUUGCUGAGCCAGAAAACAACGUUUACAGCUUUGGGUUAGUCCUCCUUGAAAUGAUCACGGGUAGGGUCCCUUACUCUCUGUAUGAUGGAUCAGUUGAGGGUUGGGCAUAUGAUUUCUUGAGGGGCAAGCAAUCCCUUGGAGAACUGUUGGAUCCUACUCUCAAAUCCUUCCAAGAGGAUCAGCUUGAGGAAAUUGGUGAAGUAAUCAAAUAUUGUAUGGAACUUGACCCCAAACAGAGACCAGCAAUGAGAGAAGUCACUGCCAGAUUGAGAGAGAUAACUGCAAUAGGACCCGAUGGAGCAAUUCCGAGACUCUCACCUCUUUGGUGGGCUGAGCUUGAAAUUCUGUCCACAGAAGCAAGCUAGGAGAUAUGUCUAGUUUCAAAUGUGUACACAAAUUUUUCAUGUUCUUUCAGUUUUUGCCUUUUGGUGAGGCACUAGAGGCUUCCUUUAGUAGGUGGAUACUGCUUGGAACUAAUUUAGUCAGAGAGGAGGCUUGUGUAUAUAUUAUAUGGUGGAAAUCUGAUGGAAAAUCUUCUUUGUUUUUUGUUUAAUUUGCCGAUGCGAAAUGCAAAAGGAAAGCAAUUAUACUUGUGAAUAAAGCUCUCAUUUCUUUUC